AUGGUUGCUGUACAAGUACGAACCAAUAUAAACAAGAUCAAUGCCUUGGUAACAGUUGGUUACUUGAUGAUGGGACUAAAUUUGGAACUUGUUGUAAUGGACGUUCCGAAAGGAAAGUACGUUACUCGAGUAACAAGGACAGAGAAGUUCCCCUUCCCUGGCACGAUUAGAAGUUUUAGUGCGGAUUUUCUUUCGUUGUUGGAGCUCGCGUGGAAAGGCCGUGAGAUGAUGAGGAUGAACCUUGACCUGUUGAACCAAAGAAAGAGAAAAGCUUCUGUGUUGGUAACUCGAGAGGAAGAAAAUAUUACCAUCGCUCCUUCUUUCAGCCAACAGCAUUAA